AUGUCAGAUACACGAGGAACUCAAAAACGACGUAGACAAAUCCAAAUUAGUUUGAAUUUACACAUAAAAAGGAAAAUACAACUUAACAACAAACCGCUUAAAAAGUUGCAAACAGAGUUACAGGACAAGAAAAAGGUUGCAAAUAGCAACUUUAGUCGCACAACCGUAACUCUGCCCAUGACGAACAAAAGUUCGAUGGCGGGUUUUAAUGUUUGUCGUUUAUGUCGAAAAUCGUGUAACGACAGUUUACGCCUUUAUGAUGCCAACGGGGCAACAAAUGAAAUUUAUGCCAUUACCGUGAAAUUCUUUCAGCCCAUGUUUUUAGAACUGGAAAACAAUUCACAAAAUCAAAUUUCUGUAUUGUGUAUGGAAUGUUGGCAUCACAUAUCGAGUUUUAAUAAUUUUCAACAAACUAUAGUUCUAAUACAUUCAAAUCUUCAUUCAAUUGCGGAAUCUGUUGUAGCGCAAAAUCAGGGACUUGCAGAAGAAGUAUCUGCUGAAUUAAAUUUAAAAUCAGUGAAUGCUACGGAAACCAUUUCAAUAGCCCAUGAUGAUGAGUUUAUCGAAGGCAACGCUGGCGAGCGGAAAUUAAAUGUUACCGAUUGUGGGACAACAUUUGAAGCAGAUUUCGAGACAAAUGCUGCUGCAACAUAUUCCUCGAAUAUACCAAGUAACGAAUCAACCGAAAAUGUUACACUUGACACCAACGAAGAUGCAAUCGAUACUGAUGAAGAAGAAGACAUUGUAUAUGGUGAUUUGACAGGUGGUGAUAAUUGUGAUAUUCAAUCGAUUACCAGUUCUGAGGAAUCAAAUGGUCUCCUGCAGGAAUGCACAAAAUCACAAACAUCAAAUGACUCCGCAAGCGCAAAUAGUUCACAAAAUCACAAAUCAACGGAUGCCUCAUUCAAGUGCACCUCGAAAAAUGCUCGAUCCUCGAGAAGAGAUAAAGAUACCUCGAAACAGAUUAAUGAGAACAUAGCCAAAUGGAUACCACGCAUAAAAUGCCGAUUGUGCCCCAAGGUCUGUAAAAAGUUUGGUCGCAUCAAGCGGCAUUAUCAUACACAUCAUCCAGAAGAUGAGUUUUAUGUUACAUGCUGUGGACGAAAAUUUAAAUAUCGUUAUCGUAUGGAAGAUCAUGUCCUCUCAUCCCAUUUGAAUCCGUCUGCUUUCAAGUGUUCAAAUUGUGAUAAGAAAUGU